GAACCAUUAUUUCAAAAUUUAAAACGUGUGAUAAUGUCUUACAAACAUAGUUUGUUUUUAAAGGAAGGACAACAAGCGAAGUUCAUACAUACAAAAUAUUCAGAAACACAAAAAAUUAACUCAUGACAACCGUUCCUUUGGUCUCAGCUUCCCUAAGAAGGCUUGAGGGGAAGGUGGCCCUGAUCACCGGCGGUGCGAGCGGCAUCGGAGAAGCAACCGCAAGACUGUUUUCCAAACACGGAGCUCAAGUGGUGAUAGCUGACAUCCAAGACGAAAUGGGUCAUUCUAUUUGCAAAGACUUAAACAAAUCAACUGCUUCCUACGUCCACUGUGACACAACAAAGGAAAAAGACAUUGAAAACGCUGUGAACACAACCGUUUCCAAGUACGGUAAACUAGAUAUCAUGUUUAACAAUGCCGGAAUAGUCGGUGUAAACAAAACCAAUAUACUUGAAAACAAGUUAUCGGAAUUUGAAGAAGUGAUUAAAGUUAAUUUGAUUGGUGUGUUUCUUGGAACAAAACACGCUUCAAGGGUAAUGAUCCCAGCUCGACGGGGAAGCAUAAUUAACACAGCUAGUGUUUGUGGAAGCAUAGGUGGUGGUGCUUCACAUGCCUGUACAAGUUCAAAGCACGCCGUCUUAGGUCUAAUGAAAAACACGGCGGUCGAGCUUGGACCGUACGGUAUUCGGGUGAAUUGUGUGUCACCUUAUGUUGUUGCAACCCCAUUGGCUAAGAAAUUCUUUAAGCUUGAUGAUGAAGGGAUUCAAGGGGUUUAUUCUAACCUAAAGGGUGUUAAUCUCGUGCCAGAAGAUGUGGCUGAAGCUGCUUUGUACUUAGGAAGUGAUGAGUCCAAAUAUGUUAGUGGUCACAAUCUUGUCGUGGAUGGAGGAUUCACUGUUGGAAACAGUGGGUUUUGUAUUUUUGAACAAUCUGUUUGAACAUGUAUCGGUAUGCAUGUAUUAUGUCUGUCUUUAUAUGCACUUCUUAUUGUUUUCACUAAAAAUACGCUUAUAACGUGGCCAAUAAUUUAUUACGUUUAAAAUAGUUUGA